AUGACCGACAUACAGAAGUCAUGUGAAUACUCAUUUAAAAUUAGUUUCCAAGAGUUCUACAGAUCUCCAAAUACAGAAGGGCAGAGCCCAGGCUACGUACCCGGCCGCUACCUUUGCCGCGGCCGGCGGGGGACAGCGGCUGGGCGAGUCCCGCGCGGUGCUGCGGGCGGGUCCGGGAGGCGCAGAACGGCUCCCGCGGACGGAGCGCCCUGCGCGGCCCGGCCUGCCCAGGACGGUCCGCCGCCUCUCCCCGGGGUCGGCAGCACCGGCGCCUCCUCCUACCCCGCCGGGAGCGGGCCAGGAGCCCUCCACGUCACUAAAGCCGUCAGGGGUCGCGGUCCCGCUCACGGAGCGGCUGCGGCGGCAGCGCGAGCACUCACCGGGAGCGCGGCGCGGGGCCGUGCCCAGCCCGGCCCGGCGAGACUCCGCUGGAGGCGCGAGGAGCCGCGGCCGCCGCCGGCCAGGGAAACGUCAGCACAGCUGCCGCCCCACGGCCCCCGCUGGCUUCCGCUUCCGGGGCGUGCGCGGGCCCGCUGCGUCGUUAAGGUGGCGGCAUGUAAACGCGCCGUCCAGCGCGGGCGGGAAUUGCUGCGCUCCGCCUUAAGGCGGGGCAGGGAGGGCGGAGCUCCUUCCCCCGGCCGCGCCGUCCGCAAGGGGCGGGGCGGGGCGGGGCCGGGCGCGGCGCCAAGCGGUAGCGCGAGCCGCGCCGAGAGAGGGCGUCGGUGGGCGGGGCCGCGCGUGCGUAAAGGGCCUCUUCCGGUCGGUGUCGCUCUCCCGCAUGCGCACGUGUGGCCGCGCGGGGGGCGGGGCUUCUCCCGCGGCGCGCACGUGCGCGGGGCGGCGCGCGUGGCGCCCCCCCGCGGCGGCGGCGCGAUGGAGCUGGCGGCGGCGCGGCGCGCGGUGCUGGCGGCCGUGCGGGGCACGCGCGCCGCCGACCUGCCGCGCCUGCUGCACUGGAUGCGCAACUCCCAUGACUUUGAUGAACUUGUGGUGAGUAACAAUGAUGUUGUGCUCAGAAAUAUCGCUGAAGAUUUGAGGAAUCGUUUACCCAUCGAGGCAAUGUUUACUUCGGAACAUCAGGCUGUUCAGAAAAUACAGCAGCAUCCACUGCCCAUGAUUCAUGUUGAUGCAUUCCUUUAUGAUGAUGAUGUUGUUGAUUCAUUGUGUGAGGAGGGGAAAAUGAGUAGGAGCUACUGCACAGAGUGUGGCUCAUACAAAACUGCAUCUUUAGAGUUUAUUUCGCAUUCCUUUUCCCUCAUGGAACUGAAGUUUCUUUAUCAACAUGUACUGCCUGACCUGACAGGAAAGGGUUAUCUUUAUAGCUCAGCUUCCCAGCUCUAUGGAGUAGAAAUGAAUGCAGACUUUUGCCAGUUGCAAGAAAUGAUGGUUACAAAGUAUGAGUUCAUUGACAGAAUAAAGGUGGUUCAUGCAGACAUCUGUACUCAGCCCUCACUUCUGCAGAAGGCUGAUGUUGUUAUAAUGAAUAAUGUCUUUGAAUAUUUUCUUGACAGACAGGAACAGGCCAGAGCUUGGGAAUUUAUUGCUUGUAAUGUAAGGAAAAGAGGGUCCUUAUUAGUGACAGUUCCAAGUCUUGAGGAAUCACUUUCAAAGCUCCAGGCAGAUGUACAGCUCAGUCAAUGGGUUGAAGAGGUGCAGCUGAACUAUGAUGUUUAUAUGGAAAAGGAUAUUGACAGAGAAGCACUCGAACAGAUACAUUUAUACAAGAUUCUCUAGUACCUGGAAAAAUUUACCAGUAUCCUUAUGAUAUAUAUUUUGAACUUGGAUUGAUUUAUAUGAAUAAAUCAGGUCAAAAUUCAUAAUGUGGUUAAUUUGAGUCAUAUAUAUGGUUUUUAAUGAAAAAGAGUAUUUGGAAACAGAUUUUCUUACUGAGUUAUUUUGUCUCAAUGGGAUAUUUUGACUUUUUACUAGGAGAUAUCCUCAUGGUUUAUUUUUUGUAGAAAUCUUAAAAAAAGCGUCUACAUAGUAAUGCUAAAAGAACUUUUGGCAUUGUGCACUCCCAAUGUUUGCUAAAUAUAUCAAACCUAAGAACAGUGAAUCCUUUUUGAUGUGAAUUAUAAGAAUGCAUUUAGUGUAAUGUUACAUAAAAGUUGUAGUGCUGUUUCAUUUUGGUAUAAACCAUUUAUUCUUAUCAGCAAUAAUAUUUAUUAACAGUA